AUGGGAAUGGAUGAAACUUCGACAAAUACACAAACCUCUGUCUCCAAGCAUGCAUUUUUUGAUCUUUCCAAUGUUUCUCCAUUGAAAUUCCAUGCAUUACAGCAGCAGCUAUAUCUAGUUUUACUCAAUAAUUCCAAAGUUGGACCAGCGAUUCUAAUUGCUCGCUGCCUCUACAUAUUGCCUACAUUUGAUUCAUACUGUGAUGGAUUCAGCCAUUUGGUACUAUCAUCUCUUUGCCGUUUCUUGAAAUUAGGAAAGAACAAUGAAGAUUUAAUCGAGGCAAAAGUUUGUGCUGCAAACUUAUUCUUGGACAUCAUUGGUGGUACAGUGACUCACGACGAAGGUGUCGUAGUUAAGAUUGUUCAGGUUUUUGAUUUCGAUUUAACGGAUAUUGAUAAAGUCAUGCGUCGUGCGAAAACUGACGGCACAGCGAAAGAAGUGGUUGGGAAAUACGUUGACAAGCUAAUAGACUUGCAAUCGUAUACGACUGCUGUUGAUAUGUUGAUACACUUUUCUAUCCGCGAGUGUGGAGAGUCUUUUUUACUGAAAAUGUUGGAAUGCCGACAGCAGAAAGUGGCGGAGAAGUGGGCAACGUAUAUGGGAAAGUCAAUGCUGUGUUUGCUUGUCCAGCAAUACGUUGACCAGAAAUUAUUGAAACCUGCUUAUGAUAUUAUAAAGAAAAAUAAUUUGCGUGAGGAAUUCCCGGAACUCUAUCAUCAGGGUAAAGAAAGUGCACUGAAGAAGCUAGCAGAAAAAGGUGUGUGGGGAUAUUGCAGAAAGCCUGAAUCAGAUCUUCUAAAUCGUCGGUACUUGAACCUUCAUGAUUUAUCCAUUGAUGAUGUUAAUGGUUUGCGUGACGCAAUACAUUACUUUAAGGGAUGCAAAGUUGUUGGCCUUGACUGUGAAUGGAAGCCUAAUUACGAAAAGGGCAGCAAACCCAGUAAGGAUUUUUCAUCUCCUAUAAUGUAUUUUGCAGGCUACAAUUUUCAGUGUGAUGUACAUCAGCUUGCACAUUCUUAUGGAGAAUUGAAUUGUUUUAAGCACUUUGAGAUGCUGCUUGAUGUUCAGAAUGUGUUCAAAGAACCACGGGGUGGUCUCUCCGGUCUUGCGGAGAAAAUAUUGGGAACCAGUCUGAAUAAAACUAGACGAAAUAGCAAUUGGGAGCAGCGACCUCUGAGUGUAUAUCAGCUGGAAUAUGCUGCUCUUGAUGCUGCUGUGCUCGUCCACAUAUUUCGGCAUGUAAGAAGGCAAUUCGAGCGACCUUCAGGUGCACAAGAUGGGCAUGCCAAGAUAGAAUGGAAAUCAUACAUUGUAUGGACUCUCUCUCUCUCUCUCUCUCUCUCUCUCUCUCUCUCUCUCUCCUCCUUACUAAUGAGACAAGGUGGUAGGCCGUUCGGAGGAUUCCAGAAAACCUCUGGCACAUCGAUGUCAGACACCAAGAAAGCAGACCCUCGCCAAUACAACUAG